UAUUUAGUAGUCGUAAUAACACUAAUUAACAACAUGAGUUUUCAGUAAUUUAAAAGAUAUCUGUAUUAUAAAUUUAAAUUACAUUACAUUUUUAAAAUAACUUUUCUUUUCCGCUGAAUAAGUCUAAAUAAAACAUUGUUCUGGUUAGUUCGUUAGAAGAUAACUAAAGUACUUUUAAAAACACUGUUCAAUUGAGAGUUCUAAUAAUUUAAGAAGUAUAUGAAGUUAUGGCUUUUCUAAAUGGAGAUUAUAGAAUUCAGAAAAAAGUGAUGUUUAUUAAUAUGUUUAUUGGAUAUUUUACAUACUACAUUGUGAGAAAGAGUUGCACAUAUUCAAUGUCUUUUAUGCUGAACGAUAAAGAGAUAUCAUUGACAAGCUUUGAUUUUGGAAUGCUUGCGAGUGUACAAAAGUUACUUUAUACAUUCGGUCAAAUUCUAUUUGGAGCCUUAUCUGACAAGUACAGUCCAAAGCUUAUAUUUGCCUGUGGACUUUUUUUAUGUGGAUUUUCGAAUAUACUUUUUUCACUUUGCUAUGUGAAAUAUAGUUUUAUCUUUUGUUGGGCAUUUAAUGGAUUUUUCCAGGGAUGUGGAUGGCAAUCAAUAGCUGUUUUGGUGAAAAAAUGGUAUUCUUCUGAAGAAUCAGGUACAGUUUGGUCAUUACUUUCAACAUCUAUGAAUAUUAGUGUAAGUAUUAUACCUCUUCUUGUUACAUUUUUGGCAGAAUCAUUUACAUGGCGGUUAAGCUUUGUUCUUUUUGGGUUGACUUCAUGUGCUUUAUCAUUUGUGGUUUAUAGUUGCAUGAUUGAUGAUCCUGUUUAUGUUAAAAAGAAUGUUUUAUUAGAGCAUAAAAACUCUACAUCUGUCUCUAAAGUGGCAAAUCAUGGUUCAAGCUUAAGACUAUUAUUUAAAAGUGAGUUUUUCGUGCUAGUUGCUGUAUCAUAUUUUUUAUGGACUUUUCUUAAAUAUACAAUUGAAGAAUGGCUACAUUGGUAUUUAAUUACAGAAAAACAAUUCUCUAACUAUCAAGGGAGUUAUCAAGUAAUGUUGUUUCAGCUUGGUGGAUUGAUUUCUUCUCUUUUAAGUGGAGUUGUUUCUGAUCAGCUUAUCAAUAAGUUUAAAGCGUCGAAAAGUUCACCUCGCUUGCCAGUUGUUAUCUUUUGUUCCAUGUUUGUUCUUUUAUGGCUUUUAGUUCUUCAAACAUCUAAUAAUAUGGUUCUUUUAACAUUAACAAGUUUUUUUCUUGGGUUUUCUUGUUUUGGUCCACACACAUUAUUUGGUUUAUUGGUGAUGGAAAAUGCUCCUUCUGGUUUAAGUGGCACCUCUCAUGCGCUAGCCUCAGCGAUAUCAUCUGCUGGUGGUGUUCUAGCUGGUGCACCUCUAAGCUACCUCAUUGAUAAUUUUGGGUGGCAAAUAGUUUUUAUUGUUCUUGCUGCUGUAUCAAUCGGAGUUACCUCACUCCUUUUUGUUGUAGUUGUUAGAAGUCCACGCAAAAUACAUGAUUAAGGAUUAUUUCAAGACAAGGCUUUAUUGUUUAAAUAUAUUGUUAGAUUGC